AUUAACGCUGAUAACCCCGUCAAUUUCAAAUACAUAAUUUAUAUUGAUCUUUGUGGUGAAGCUCUUUGUAGUAUUUGUGCCUCGCACUAGUUAGUUGCCACGUUUGAAUAGUUCUGUAUCUAUAUAUUUCGAGUGAGAAUGCCGGAUAAACGUUCUAUAUCUUUGCUGAGUACAUAUUUAGCAACCCUUUCAACUGUAGGGUUGGGCUUGUCAAUAUACAGCUAUUAUGUAGAGGCCAGAGUAGAGUUAGAGGAUGAUUACACAGCUAUGUGCGAUAUAAAUGAACAUAUUUCGUGCAGUAAAGUGUUCAAAUCUCCUUAUGGCAAAGGAUUCGGUUUUUUCCCCGAGGAUUCAAUUUUCCACGUGCCCAACAGCAUAUUUGGAAUUCCCUUUUACAGUCUCAUGAUUGUCUUAGCAUAUUCCCCUUCAGUGGCUAUAACUAAAUUCGUCUUCGCAAACGUUCUGUUAUCCAACUGCUUGACGCCAUACCUCGCCUACUUGCUCUACUUUGUCCUUCAGGAUGUUUGCGUAGUGUGUGUCACCGUUUAUGUUGUGAAUGCCCUCUCCUUAUUUGUAUCGUAUAAGAAACUAUUGUUGUUGACUUCCAGUGUCGAGAAGUCUGAAAGACCUGCAAAGAAACGCAAUUAAAGAUAAGAUAACUGA